GACCUCCGUACCUCGGUCCUCCUCAGUUGAAUUCAGUGCUCCGUCAUCGGUAGACGCACGCUCGUUCUCCGCGAAUUACGUACGCGAGCUUUCGAAUUUUACCUGUGGAUUUUAUGUGGCAAGUGCUCUAAAUAUCGAAUAUACGCAUUAACAUUUUGUGGUUAUACCUGGAUUGGCCUUGGCUUUCACGGAAAACCCCUUCUUCAUUCAAGGUCUUUGCGGUGUGAUACAUAUCAAGUGGUCGUCUUAAAGAUUCAAUAAUAAAUAAUAAGAUUCUGUGGCAGAAUAAACAAAAAGAUUCCAGAGUUUGGUGACCACUGACCACGUUACGUCAAAAAUAUAAAUUACUUAAUUGAUUUAUGAUAUGGAAGAAGAUUCUACGAUAAGGAGUUUUAGAAAUGAAUCAAAAAACUAGAAAGAAAGUUAUUAAUCAAGGCCACGAUAAGGCAAAAUUAUAGCCCAGAAUUCCGACAUUGCCAAAGCAUGUGAAAAAGAUUCGGAAAUUGUAUCUAGAAACAUAUCUUUAACAAUAUCAUUCUCUUGAAAACACUUCGACAUAUCUCAUAAUUUGAUGCUAGUCGCCUAUUUGUGAUUAUAGAUAGAUUAAACAUUUUUGCUCAAAAGUUAUGUAAAAUAUUUCCUGUCAUUAUUCUAUUAGAUAAUAAUAUAAAUGUAAUUCGUAUAUUGAUAUAGACAAAUACAUAGCUAAAAUAACAAAUUGUAGAGGGAUUAGAAGAAUUAUAAAAUCAUGAAAUACUACAGUAUGUUCUUUUUGCGGAGAAGGACGUUAAUAUUGAAAGCUGUACUGAUUCUGACAGCCUUAUGGUUUAUGGUAGCUUUAUUAACGACCAGCGGCGGAGCAAGAAACGCAAUCGGCGCUCCGCCUAUCGAAUAUGAAGAUCCUGAGGCGAAACCACUAAAGAUGGCUAAACCAACUUCAACGAAAAAGAAAAGCGAGUCGUAUGGCAACAAUUUAUCCGAUGCACCAACGCGAAUCGAUUGGCUGGGUCGGAUCAUGGGAAAAGAAGGCCUUGGAGUAAUCGCUGCCCCUGGAUCAGACAACGCACCUGGUGAACUCGGAAAACCGGUGGUAUUACCGGCGAACAUGAGCGAGGAUGCAAAGCUCGCUGUGUCGGAAGGGUGGAAGAAGAACGCCUUCAACCAGUAUGCAAGCGACUUGAUAUCGAUUAGGAGGAAACUACCUGACCCAAGGGACGAAUGGUGUAAACAACCGGGCCGCUAUUUAGAAGAUCUCCCACAAACAUCCGUCGUAAUCUGUUUCCACAAUGAGGCGUGGUCGGUGUUGCUCAGGACGGUCCACUCGGUUAUAGACAGAUCACCGCCACACUUGAUAAAGGAAAUCAUUCUCGUCGAUGAUUUUUCUGAUAUGCCACACCUGAUGCAACAGCUAGACGAUUACAUGUCGUCUCUACCUAAAGUCAGGAUAGUCCGCGCCACUCGCAGAGAGGGCCUCAUUAGAGCGAGGCUGCUCGGGGCCCGCUACGUCACCGCUCCCGUGCUCACCUACCUCGACAGUCAUUGCGAAUGCACGGAGGGUUGGCUGGAGCCCUUGUUAGAUAGAAUUGCUCGUAACAAAACGACAGUGGUGUGUCCAGUAAUUGACGUUAUCGACGAUAAUACCCUCGAGUACCACUACAGGGACUCUUCGUCAGUCAACGUCGGCGGUUUUGAUUGGAAUCUACAGUUCAAUUGGCAUCCCGUACCGGCUAACGAAAGAGCUCGACACAAACACACAGCGGAACCAGUUUGGUCACCGACUAUGGCUGGUGGUCUAUUUGCAAUCGACAAGGAAUUCUUCGAACGACUAGGAACUUACGACAGCGGAUUUGAUAUUUGGGGCGGAGAGAAUUUGGAACUGUCAUUCAAAACUUGGAUGUGUGGAGGAACUUUGGAAAUCGUUCCGUGUUCACAUGUCGGUCAUAUAUUUAGAAAGAGAUCUCCUUACAAAUGGCGGACCGGUGUCAACGUUCUGAAGAAGAACUCUGUUAGAUUGGCUGAGGUUUGGUUAGAUGAUUACGCCAAGUAUUAUUAUCAACGCGUUGGUAACGAUAAAGGUGAUUAUGGUGAUAUAAGCAGCCGGAGAUCGUUGAGAGAAAAACUUGGUUGCAAAUCGUUUGAGUGGUAUUUGAAAAACAUUUACCCUGAGUUAUUCAUCCCAGGAGAGUCGGUCGCUCAUGGCGAGAUUCGAAAUGUCGGCUUCGAUAAGACAUGUCUGGAUUCGCCAGGCCACAAGUCCAACCAUCAUAAGCCAGUCGGACUUUACCCGUGUCAUCGGCAGGGAGGAAAUCAGAUUCGAAAUGAAGCAAACGGUCGCCUUAACUGCCUCGAUGGUGUAUCGUUAGAGGAAUCUACUGAAGCAGCCGAACCUAUAAUGUUACACUCGUGUCACGGUGAAGGUGGCAAUCAGAUCGCGAAUCCCUCGACGGAUAUGUGCAUCGACUCGGCGGCGGGGCCGGAGGAUAUGAAGAAGCCAGUAAAUGUAUGGCCAUGUCACGGGGAAUACGGCAACCAGUACUGGAUGUACUCGAAGAAUGGUGAAAUUCGUCGUGAUGAGACUUGCCUCGAUUAUUCGGGCCACGAUGUUGUUCUGUACCCUUGUCAUGGUGCCAAGGGCAAUCAAUUAUGGAUUUAUGACCACAAUACGAAGUUAAUAAAACACGGGUCCAGUGAAAAAUGCAUGGCGAUAUCCAGAAACAAGGACAAGAUUGUCAUGGAGACUUGCAACGAGUCUGAGAAGAGGCAAAUGUGGAAUAUGGAGAAUUUCAACGCUGACAGACUGAGUCCAGAACUCACAGCCGAGUAGCGUGAGGCUUAUGAUGAAGUACUGUUCAUAUAAAUAAAGACUAAAUUAUUGUGAGUGGUACUCGUAAUCGUAAUAAGGAACCAGUUGUAACUUACUUUUUUUCGGUGUAAACUCGACUAGUCCGGACUAGUUGCGCCUACCAUCUACUAAGAACUUAUAGUUCUUACCAAAUUUCAAGCUUUUUAUAAGGGUUUGAAAUUUGUACAUCGAUUAAAACAUGCGAGUUACCGGUUUCUAAUAACUAGGACUAUUGUAACACAGUGAACUUUUAUAUAAGUAAUAAAAAAACACGGACAAGUUACUAAUGUGAGUGCUCUAAAUCACUUGUUGUUGAACGCAUUUUGUGUAUAGUCUAUAUUAAAAAAUUGUGGAUAAGUGAAUUUUAUGAUGUGACUUUGAUGAUGUUUGGAGUACCUAUGAACUGUUUGUUUUGUUUUCGACUUCUGUAUGAACGAGUAGUUAGUUGUAUGACUUGUGUACAAUCAACCCCAAACAACUUGGCCUAGUUAUUUUUUUAAAUUUCGGAUCUCAGCCAUUAUAUAUUUUUAUCAUGCUAUAGGUACUGAAAGUUUUCUCUGUUUAAAACAAUUGCUUCAAAUCACAGAUCGCUGUUUGCUCGAUUCGAAUAGUCUUAUAAGGCUUUAGAGGAAUUAUUGAUUGAUUUGCUUUCAUAUUGUAACUCUGUAUGAUUAGUUUUCAAUGGUAUAAAAAUCAACAUUGUAAUAGUAUUCUAUGUCAAGUAUUAAAUAUAGUAAUUAGAUUUAAUCCAAAACCUGUACAUAUCUUGCUACAUAUUAAAGAAAUAUUGAAGUACCUACCUAGUUGAAAUUUUGAGAUGCCUAGGUUCAAAAUGUUAUUGUGAUUUAUUCAAAUAAUAAUAUUGUAUUAGUCUAUAACAUUGUCCUAGAAGAUGGGUCUAGUAAAAACGUAUUUAUAAAAUACACUAGCUAGGUCUUACAAUGAUAAUGAAUUAAUGUCUAAUAUUUUAGUUAAUACUUUUAUAAGUAUAUUUUUGUAAUAUUCGAGAAUUCAUGUGAAUUUAAGCGAAUUUAUUUUUGUCUCUAUACAUUUUUACUGUAUAUAAUAUAGUGACAGUUUGACUAAAAUUUGACUGAUUUAGUUUGUUUUUAUUUUUAUAAUAUUAUUAUUUCGUUAUUUUUCUUAAAUUUUAAAACAAAGUGAAAUUUUUUGUUUGGAUUUUUUAUUAUUAGGAUGAGUGACCUCAUAUAACACCUAUAAGGUUCAAAAAUUGUUAGACAUGUCAAUUAAACUAAAAAUCUUGUAGCUUAUAAUUUACUAAGUUUUGUUUACGUAUGUAUUUACUCAUAUUUUAUCUUAUUAUAUUAACUUCAAUGAUUACAUUCCAAUUUGUGAUUUGUCGUAUGAUUAAUAAUUGAUAUGUAUAAUCAUGCGUAGAUAAAAACUGCCAGUUACAUGUAAAAAUAAGAAUUUUGAAUAAUAAUAAUACGUUGUAUGUAAAAUAAAGUGUUAGGGUAAAAACUUUCUGUCAUUGCUCAGGAAUCAUAUCACAUUGUAAAAUAUAUCAAAUAAUUUUAUUGAAAAAGAAAGUGCCAGUAUUUUUGUUUAAGAUUUACGUAUUCUUUUUCAUUAGUUCAUUACUUUUUAUAAUAAAAUGUAAAUCUUGUCAACAGUGCAUUUCAGCCAAUAAUGACAGACCAAUGGAAGCAAUUGUAGCUGUCACGCUAUAGUGCAGUUGGUUACGAAAAUUCUAUUACUUGCUAAAAUUACUCAACUUAAUUUUAGAAAUUAUUCCUGUAUUUGGGUACCUAUAUUAAAAUCUUUGAAAAACGUACUAAUGGCGAAAAUCAAUGUAGUAAUUUAUGAAUAUAACAUAUUUUUUUCUGUUUGGACUUUAAAUAUCCCCUCCACUGAAUUCGUCUAAAACUAGAUUGUUUAUAAAAUCGAAGAGACGAGUAAUAUUAUCAAGUAUAAAAAGAUUGAUAUAGAAAUAUUAUGUCCUCGUCUUUUAAGUUAAAAUUAAAUAUUAUAAGUUACAAUUUAUAUUGUAUUUUUUUAACUGGUUGAAUAAUUAGUAUUAUGCUUGUACAAGUAUGCUCUGGAGUGACCAGGUGCGACCAAUUGUAAAGCUUUUAACUCAAUCAAUUACGAUAACUUGGAGCUUUCUUUUAUUCUAUUUUCUCAAUUUUUUGAAUUAGCUAUUUUUGUGUUUUCAACAUUGUAUAGAACUAUUACAUUUGUCUCUUCGAUUUUAACAAAAAUAAUAAUAUUUUUUUAAAAUAAACAUUAAAUGCGAUGAAAAAGACACGUAGAUGAUAACUAAUUCUUGUUGGUUUAAGAAGUUAUAAAUGUGCCUUAUAUCUUUACGUAAUAUUGUAUUUGAAUGUUAAAAUUUCUGUAUAUAAAAAUGCGAUGUCUCUUGUACUAUAAGAAAGCGUAAUGUUAGUUGGUACAGUAGUGUUUGUAAAAUAAAGCAUUAUGUUGGAUUUGUA